GCGCGUCGGGGGGCGGGACUCUCUGGCCAAGCUCGGCGCAUCAUUGGGCGGCGGACGGCCCCUCGGCUCCGGGGUAGGCUGAGACGGGAGGGUCCUCAGCUAAAGCCAAAAGCAGAUCAAAGUGGUGGGACUCGCGUCGCGGCCGCGGAGACGUGAAGCUCUCGAGGCUCCUCCCGCUCUGGGUCGGCGCUCUCCCUCGCUCUCCUCGCCCUCCACCCCGGCCCCGGCCCCGCGCCCGCCAUGGAGAAGACUGAGCUGAUCCAGAAGGCCAAGCUGGCCGAGCAGGCCGAGCGCUACGACGACAUGGCCACCUGCAUGAAGGCAGUGACCGAGCAGGGCGCCGAGCUGUCCAACGAGGAGCGCAACCUGCUCUCCGUGGCCUACAAGAACGUGGUGGGGGGCCGCAGGUCCGCCUGGAGGGUCAUCUCGAGCAUCGAGCAGAAGACCGACACCUCCGACAAGAAGUUGCAGCUGAUUAAGGACUAUCGGGAGAAAGUGGAGUCCGAGCUGAGAUCCAUCUGCACCACGGUCCUGGAAUUGUUGGAUAAAUAUUUAAUAGCCAAUGCAACUAAUCCGGAGAGUAAGGUCUUCUAUCUGAAAAUGAAGGGUGAUUACUUCCGGUACCUUGCUGAAGUUGCAUGCGGUGAUGAUCGAAAACAAACGAUAGAUAAUUCCCAAGGAGCUUACCAAGAGGCAUUUGAUAUAAGCAAGAAAGAGAUGCAACCCACACACCCAAUCCGCCUGGGGCUUGCUCUUAACUUUUCUGUAUUUUACUAUGAGAUUCUUAAUAACCCAGAGCUUGCCUGCACGCUGGCUAAAACGGCUUUUGAUGAGGCCAUUGCUGAACUUGAUACACUGAAUGAAGACUCAUACAAAGACAGCACCCUCAUCAUGCAGUUGCUUAGAGACAACCUAACACUUUGGACAUCAGACAGUGCAGGAGAAGAAUGUGAUGCGGCAGAAGGGGCUGAAAACUAAAUCCAUACAGGGUGUCAUCCUUCUUUCCUUCAAGAAACCUUUUUACACAUCUCCAUUCCUUAUUCCACUUGGAUUUCCUAUAGCAAAGAAACCCAUUCAUGUGUAUGGAAUCAACUGUUUAUAGUCUUUUCACACUGCAGCUUUGGGAAAACUUCAUUCCUUGAUUUGUGUUUGUCUUGGCCUUCCUGGUGUGCAGUACUGCUGUAGAAAAGUAUUAAUAGCUUCAUUUCAUAUAAACAUAAGUAACUCCCAAACACUUAUGUAGAGGACUAAAAAUGUAUCUGGUAUUUAAGUAAUCUGAACCAGUUCUGCAAGUGACUGUGUUUUGUAUUACUGUGAAGAUAAGAAAAUGUAGUUAAUUACAAUUUAAACAGUGUUCCACAUAACUUCUUAAUUUCUACAUUCCCUCCCUUACUCUUCAGGGGUUUCCUUUCAAUAAGCAACUUUUCCAUGCUCUUAAUGUAUUCCUUUUUAGUAGGAAUCCAGAAGUAUUAGAAUGAAUGGAAAAGCACUUGCCAUCUCUGGCUGGGGUCACAAAUUGAAAUGGCUCCUAUAUCACAUAAGGAGGUCUUGUAUAUCUGUGGCAACAGGGAGUUUCCUUAUUCACUCUUUAUUUGCUGCUGUUUAAGUUGCCAACCUCCCUUCCCAAUAAAAAUUCACUUACACCUCCUGCCUUUGUAGUUCUGGUAUUCACUUUACUAUGUGAUAGAAGUAGCAUGUUGCUGCCAGAAUACAAGCAUUGCUUUUGGCAAAUUAAAGUGCAUGUCAUUUCUUAAUACACUAGAAAGGGGAAAUAAAGUACACAAGUCCAAGUCUAAACCUUUAGUACUUUUCCAUGCAGAUUUGUGCACAUGUGAGAGGGUGUCCAGUUUGUCUAGUGAUUGUUAUUUAGAGAGUUGGACCACUAUUGUGUGUUGCUAAUCAUUGACUGUAGUCCCAAAAAAGCCUUGUGAAAAUGUUAUGCCCUAUGUAACAGCAGAGUAACAUAAAAUAAAAUUACAUUUUAUAAACCAUUUACUAUGGCUUUGUAACAAUUGCAUACCCAUAUUUUAAGGGACAGGUGAAUUUACUACUUUCUAAAGUUUAUUGAUACUUCCCUUUUAUGUAAAAUGUAGUGAUACCUAUAUUUCUGCAUUGUGCAUUGUGACACACUUGUCUAGGGAUGCCUGGAAAUGUAUAAAAUUGGACUGCAUUUCUUAGAGUGUUUUACUAUAGAUCAGUCUCAUGGGCCAUCUCUUCCUCAGAUGUAAAUGAUAUCUGGUUAAGUGUUAUAUGGAAUAAAGUGGACAUUUUAAAACUA